AAAUGGAAAUCAAAUGGUCAGAUUAAUUUUGGGCGCGUUAAAUCAGAAUGUGAUGAAGUUCCUGAAUGUAGCGGAGAAAAAUGAUGCUGCGAAGACAAUUGCGGGGCUUUUGUCGCGAGGGACAAUGCAACGCCGCGAAGGAUUCUCCAAAUUCAACAAAAUCUACGAAUUCGAUUGCCAAGUGCAAGGACAACACGCAAAAAUGGUGAUGACAUCCGUUUCGGGACACUUGUUAAGCUACGGAUUCAGUCAAUCGUAUCGCAGUUGGAACAGUUGCGAUCCCCAACAACUUUUCGAUGCGCCGGUAAUCAAGCAAUGCAGCGAACAAUUCGUCAAUAUCCGACGAACGCUCGAACGUGAAGUACGUUCGUGCCAAAAACUCAUCAUUUGGACCGAUUGCGAUCGUGAAGGCGAAAAUAUUGGCUUCGAAAUUAUUGAUGUGUGUCGCGGCGUGAAACCCAAUAUUGCUGUUUUUCGUGCAAAGUUCUCUGAAAUCACGGAACAAUCUGUUCGACGUGCUCUAAACAACUUGGCGCAACCGGAUAAGCGUCAAAGUGACGCUGUCGAUGUUCGCAGCGAACUCGAUUUGAGGAUUGGAGCAGCUUUUACGCGAUUUCAAACACUUCGCCUGCAAAAAGCAUUUCCCACAGACAUCAGUGGGCUCGUUUCUUACGGUUCAUGUCAAUUUCCGACGCUUGGAUUUGUCGCGAAACGCUAUCGAGACAUCGAAAACUUCAUUCCGCAAAACUUUUGGAAGCUCAAGGUCGAACACAAGGUCAAGGAAAUCAACACGGAGUUCAGUUGGGCGCGAAAUCGUCUUUUUGAGAAGAGUUUUUGCGAAAGUUUCCUCAUGUUGUGUCAAGCAAAUCCUGUUGCUGAAGUCACGAAUGUCGUUUCGAAGCCAAAAAGUAAAUGGAGACCCACAGCGCUCGACACUGUCGAAUUAGAGAAACUCGGAUCGCGCAAAUUGAAGCUCAGUGCAAAGACAACGAUGACAAUUGCGGAAAAAUUGUACACAAAAGGUUUCAUUAGUUACCCCAGAACGGAAACGAACAUCUUUUCAAAGGAAAUUGACUUGCAAGGUUUGGUCCAAAAUCACGUAAACCACCCAGAUUGGGGAGAAUUUUCGCAAAAAGUGCUCGAUUGGGGUCCAAAUCCGAGAAAUGGCAAAAAAUCGGAUCAAGCUCAUCCUCCAAUUCAUCCUCUCAAAGUAGCUGAUGGAUUAUCGGGCGACGAAAAGAAAGUUUACGAUCUAAUUGCGCGUCAUUUUCUCGCUUGUUUGAGCAAAGAUGCUCAAGGAUCGGAAACUGUCGUGACAAUUAAGAUCGCAGACGAGGAAUUUUCCGCAAGUGGCUUGAUUGUUCUCGAAAAAAACUAUUUGGAGGUUUAUCCGUAUGACAAAUGGAACUCCAAAGAGAUUCACGACUAUCAAAGAGGCGAAACGUUUGAACCAACGGAGCUCGGGAUGGUCGAAGGAAAGACUUCGGCACCGAAUUUGCUCACAGAAGCCGAUUUGGUUGCUUUAAUGGAGAAACAUGGCAUUGGAACAGAUGCGACACAUGCGGAGCACAUCAAUACGAUCAAAGAACGUCUUUAUAUCGCCGAGCAACGAGGAUUUUUGACACCAAAUAUGCUCGGAAUCGGGUUAGUUGAGGGUUAUGAAGCGAUGACACUCACAUUAGCUGAGCCCGAGUUGCGAGCUGGCUUGGAAUUGGAGCUUAAACAGAUCUGCGAUGGCGUGAAAAACCCGAAAGACGUGCUGCGGAACCAAAUUUCUUUGUACAAAGAGGCGUAUCGCGUGAUGACAGAUAAAAUUCGAGCAUUAGACGAUGCUCUAAGUCGACGUCUUCAAUCAUCCGCUGUUGAAGUACCAAAUAUCGCUCCUGUUUCUGCUCCAAGCAUCGAACGAGUGAUGAUCUGCAACAAAUGUAAAACCAACAGUAUUUUAUUGAAACGUAAGAAAAACAACACGGGCUACUAUUUAUCGUGCGACAGUUAUCCAAGUUGUCAAAACACGCUGUGGCUGCCCGAGGAACUCGAAUCUAUCGAAGUUUUGGACCAAAAAUGCGAAAAAUGCGGAAAUCGUCGAAACAAGAUGAAAUUCAAGCUCAGUACGUCGACAAUGCGAAUCAUGGGAACAACUAAUCGUGAUUAUACGUGUUGCAUUUUUUGCGAUCAAAUCUUCAAAAGUGCCCUUAUGCUGAACACGGAUGCUCUUACGAAGGUUUAUGAUGCGAAUAAUUCGCCGCCGGCGCCUGUAAAUGCUCCGGCACGACAAAAUAAUUUCAAUGGCAGACAAAAUCCUUCGGCGACGGGUUGGAGAAAUUCGCAACCGCCACGAGGUAAAGGCUCAAAGACGAAAAAACCGCCGAAAAAUCAAAAUUUUCAACCAAUCGAAUGUCCGAAAUGCAAAGCAAUGACACGCGUUCUUACAGUAAAGAAAGACGGACCAAAUAAAGGAAGGCAAUUUCAUCUUUGCGAGACAGAUGGAUUCGUAAAAUUCGCAGAUGAAGUCACAACGCAAACGAAUUCUACGGGAAACAAUCGCGGAAGGGCUUCAAGUGCGGGAAAUACAACGAGAACGUCAGGAGGAACACGAAAAUGUGGACUUUGUCGGUCUGAGGGACAUACAAGAAAUCGAUGCCCAAAUAAUCGCGACGAUAGUUGAGAUUUUUUUUUUUUGUAAAUUUUGUAAAAAUAAAAAGUUAAGAAUUUUUAAAAAUUAAAA